UGCUACAAGACCCAACAUCAGGGAGAAGGUUAUGAAAAAGGAGGUGAUUCGAUUGGAGAAGGAUCCAGAGAUGCUCAAGGCUGUUAAAACAUUUGAAAAGGAAAUCGCAGAUGAAGGCCACAAGAGCAAGACUCUGAAUGACGAGAUCUUCCAAACGAGGAGCCAGAUCAAUGCAUUGGAGAGGAUCAUUCCCACCAUUCAGCCCAAGAUGGUCACCAGGGAGGUGAAGAAAGUCGAACAGGACCCUGAGCUCAUCAAUGAAUCCAAGAGGAUUCGAUCAGGCCUAGAGGGAGAGAAAAUUGAGACGGACUCUCUGGUCAAGGAGGUCUCUCAGCUCAAAAUUCGGUAUAGCGAGGUGGGGCAGUGGAAGCCCAAGGUCGAACUCAAGGAAAUCGUCAAUGAGAUCUACCGCAUAGAUCCACAAACAGAGUUGGAGAUAAUGCGUCUGAAGAAAGAUGUUCAAGACUUGAACAAGCAGCGUUCUGACUUACAGGACCAGAUCACUCUGGUCAUGGUCGAUCUGGAAGCCCUGCGUUCCAAGAAGCCAAAGGUGGAGCUGAAGGAAGUCAUCCAAGACGUGGUGAAAGAGGAGAGGAGCCCUGAGAAUGAAAGAGAGAUACAAAGGCUAAAUGAUCAGGUGAACCAUCUGCACCAUACUUACAAUAAUGUAGAGGACCAGAUUAACCUCCUGAGAAAAGAGAGGGACGAGUGGAAAGCAGAAAAAUCCAAGGUGGAGACAAAGCUUACGACCAAAGAUAUCUUCAAGUAUGAGGACGAUCCGCUCUUGGAGAAGGAGGCUGAUCGGCUGAGAAAGGAGGUACGCGAAGAGCAACAGUGUCGCCGUACCACUGAGGAGAUGGUGUUCGACCUGCAAAACAAGUACAUCCAGCUGGAGAGACAAAAGCCAGAGGAAAAAGUGGUGGUGCAGGAGGUGGUGCGUCUACAGAAGGACCCCAAGCAGAUAGUUGAGCAUGAUAAGCUUGGCAGGAGUCUGGAUGAGGAGGUUAAGUCCCGCCGGCAGCUAGAGCUUGAGAUGCAAAAACUUAAAACCUUAGUGGAGGAGAAGGAGAACAUCCUAAAGCAGAGUGACGAACAUCAGAGGAAGAUUAAAGUGGAGUUUGAACUGAAACAGAUCAAACUGCGCAUCAAAGAGCUUGAGAAUGCCCCACCGCCCGUCGAGGAGAGUAUCGUUGUCGAGGAGGUCCUGAAAGUUGAGAGAGACCCCAGACUGGAGAGGAUGACCAAUGGUCUUCGCUCAGACAUGGACAAGGAAACCAAUGACGUCCUGAAUAUUCAGAGAAACAUCAGGAACACCAAUGUCAAGCUUGAGCUCCUUCAGCGAGAAAAGGCCAUUGAGAAGACAGUGUACAAAGAGGUUAUCCGUGUGGAGAAAGACCAGGCUGUAGAAGCAGAGAGAUACCGCCUGAAGGGCCUGGUGUCUCAGGAGAAACAUGCCAGGCAGGACCUGGAGGAAAAAAUCAAACAACUCUCUGAUAAACUCAACCGACUGAAUGGCACUCAGUCAAGCACUUCUCGGGAAGAGACAAGUCUCAUUCUGGCCAGGGACACCUUGCAGAGGGAGAAAGACAACCUCACCCGGGAGCUGAAGAAGUUGGAGUCUGAGAGGCAAGACAUCAGCGUAUCGUUCCAGCAGCAGACCAAGCUGAUGAGCGAGAGAAGCCAGAUCAACAGGCAAAAGAGCGUCAAGAUGGAGUCUGACGUGCAGCGUCUGGAGAGGGAGAUACUGGACGAGAAAGACACGAUCCACCAGAAAGACAACACCAUCAGGGAACUCCAAAGGGACAAGGAGAAGGAAGACCAUACAGAGACCCGGACAAAGGAGACCAAUGUCUCCACUAAAAUCACCAUCUUGGACCCUGAUACUGGCAAAGAACUAUCGCCAUAUGAAGCCUACCUGCAGGGACUGAUCGACCGUACCCAGUACAUGCAUCUGCAAGAGCUGGAGUGCGAUUGGGAGGAAAUAACUUCCAUGGGACCUGAUGGGGAGACCUCUGUGCUGCAGGAUCGCAAGAGCGGCAAGCAGUACUCUAUCAAAAAUGCCUUGAGAGAUGGAAAACUGACCCAGUAUGAUCUGCAAAAAUACAAGGAUGGGAAAAUGCCUAUUUCAGAGUUUGCCCUCCUUGUCGCAGGUGAAAAAGAGAAACAGCCCAAGUUCAACUCAAUCACAUCAAAGCCAGCAUCCUCGCUAAAGUCGUCCCCUACCAGCAGUGCCCCUGUUCCUGCCCCGAAGGAAAGAUAUCCUAUCGCUGGUGUAAUUGACACAAACACUGACACAUGCGUCUCCAUACGCAGUGCAGUGGCCCGCAAGCUGAUCGAAAGCGGCACGGCACAGAAGCUGUUGGAAGCACAGGCUGCUACAGGGGGCAUCAUUGACAUCAGCACACAGGAGAGAUACUCGGUCCACAAAGCAGCCGAGAGGGGCCUCAUCGAUUCGAGCCAACUGCAGAGGCUACUCAACGCCCAGAAAGCCUACACUGGCGUGGAGGACCCCACGACCAGAGAACGCCUGUCGGUGGGAGAGGCCGUCUUGAAAGGUUGGAUGCCCAAAGAAACUGCCCUGCGUUACAUGGAGGUGCAACACCUGACGGGAGGGCUGGUAAAUCCCAACAACACGGACCGUGUGGGCAUACAGGAGGCCAUUGGAAACAAAAUGAUUGACAGCACCAUGAUGAGAGAGCUUCAGGACGAGUACAACUACGCCAAGGAAAUCGUCGACCCCACAACAAAGGAUAAAAUCAACUACAAGCAAGCGAUGGCCCGCUGCAAGACAGAUCCUCAGUCUGGCCUACUGAUGCUACCUGCUUCCUCCAAAGUGUCUGGCAGCAGCUACACCCCUACAUACAAUUCUCAUCGAUUUUCUUCGAGAUAAUAGACCUGUUAACAGUGUGCUUGGAGGGUAUUGUUGUCUCUAGGGUGAAUAAUAUGAAGUCAAAUUAUAUUGUAUAAACAUAAAUAUCAAUACUACCCAGAAUGUGUAAUUAAAUUUUGUCUGAGAAUACGGCAUAGCUCACUGUAAGGUCAUGAUUGUUGCUGCUGAGUUGCUUUUGUUUACCAAAUUUGUUUGGAGAUGGCAGAAUCUACUUUAAAAAAGGAAAGACACAAAGGAGUUUUGUUUUUUUGUUUAUCCUUGAUAUGAUUGUUUUACUAGAGAUGAUGGGACAUGGUGCAAUGUUAUUGACUAAGUUUUGCUUGUCUAUGUCUUAUUAUUCUCCUGACACUGAUCCUUUUAAAUGCAACCUUGAUACUGUAUCAAGAAAAUAAUUAUUAAAGAUUAGAUUGUCAA